AGGUGCCUGUAAGCGUCAACUGUCAAAAAUUAUUUGCUUGUCAUUAACCUUACUUUUCCUAUUCAAAAUAAACAUUUUUGUGGCUUGUGAGCAUCAUAAUUAUGGCCGAAUUAUUUAAAUUCAGCCAAAAACCCAACUUGGAGGGCUUCACUUUACUGAUCCCCAGUGUUUCCGUCGGGAAUGUGCCCCAACUUACAAUCGACUUGCUGAUAACAUCCCUAAAUUUCAAGAAAGUGGCCACUAUCUGGCACCCCGCCAUCGUUUCCUCCGUGGGAUCGGACCCUUAUCGAACAGACGGGCCCGAAAUAUGCACAGCAUGCGAACUAUACAUCAAGGAAGAUUUAAAAGUAGCCCUUAUUCAACUGCGUUCAGCCAUAAAUGCGAAACUCGCCACCAAGUUCUUCACAGACUUGAAAAACUCCCUCACGCAGUUUAAAAUCAAAAGCAUUGUAAUUCUCGCAAGUUCUUUUGACUACGAGUUGCAUGUGGUUAGUAGCAACAAAUUCUACUACAUCAGUAACCAGGAAAUUACCGAUGUGAUGAAAAGCUUAAACGUGAAGCCGAAGGAAGUGGAGUUUAACGGCAAAUACUUGGUCCACGGAUCUGGGUUUGCAGUCAAGUUAUUUGAGGUGUUGGAGAGUAAUUUUGAGUGUACAGUUUUGAUCAAAUACGUGUCAGAGGGUGACAACAGACCUGACGCAAUUGCUUGCAUAAAUGUGUUGAACAAGUUUGUUAACGGCUUUACAAAGUGUAAUGUGACGGAGAUAAAAUUUCCAAGUUCGUGGAAUUGUGUCUUUGGGGGACCUCCACCUCUAGGGAUUUAUUAAAAAAGUGUAUAUAUUUAUUAUAAUUGUUUUUUGCAUAAAUAUACUUUUUGAGUAUUAUCA